UAAAUAAUUGAACCCUUUUGAUCCUCUUAUCGAGGCUUUUGGUGCAGACAUGGUUCACAUGAAUCUGAGCCGUUGACUGGGCCAUCACAAAAAUCAGGAUGAGAAAGAAUAUUAUAGACGGUGGAGAUUAAACGAGCAUAGAUAGGCAGUGAAAUUGUAACAUCUGAAACGCGCAAUGUGAUGGGUCUCUGUCUCCUAUACCACUUUGGCAGCACAGAAUUCCACUCUAACACUUAUACUAAGACUAACUUCAUUUUUUCCACUUCACUCACUCACUCACUCACUCACCCAUAGUGCAAACUUCAAACUAUAAAAUCCUACCCAUCCUUAUCACACUACCCUUCCCCUCCUUUCGUUCUUUCUAUCACUUCCCAAAUCUGAUGCUAUUAAAUUCGCAUGUGACCCUUCUAUGUAUUAAUUACUAUAUAGCUAGAUCUUAGGGAGCCUCUGUUCGUAGAUCUUGAAGCAAAAACCAGGAAUACCAAUGGCUCAACUCAAUCUCAGCAAGGUACUACUGUUCUCUGCUGUGUUAUUACUUUCUAUCUCCAUUUGCAUCAGUUCUUCUUUGGAACCUCAAUGUGAGUCUACACACUUGUCUGCUACAAGAAAAAUGUUGGGUGCAGAAAAAGAAGAGCUAGACAAGCCUUUCAAAAAGAAAACCACCACUCAAUCCACCAAAAAUCAGACCAAACUCAUCAAACCCACUGCUCUAUCUUCAAAGAAUCAAACCAAGACCAUCAAAUCCGACAACAUUUCCUCAAAAAAUCAAACCAAAACCCUCAAAUCCAAUAUCCUUUCCUCCAAAAACCAAACCAAAACCACAAAAUUACCCAUCAACACCUCCACCAAAAACCAAACCAGGCCACUCAAGCUUAAUUCCACUUCCAAAACCAAACCUACCACCGAUACUGCCCUCAAGAAACUCAACAACUCCACCGCCGCCACAAAGAUCAAGAAGCUCAACGUCACCUCAAAAUCCCCUACAUCAAAACCCAACACAGUUUCUUCCACUUCAAAAUCAUUGGAUCUCGCCAAAGCAAGUAACAAAACAGCGAAAGCCACCGCCACUAAAGACGAAGCAAACAAGAACAACAAGCAAGCUAAAACAACAAAAGCAGAUCAAAGUCACGAGGCAACAGACAAGAAACAAAAGACUCCGCAGCAACAAACCAAGAAGAAACCUACGAAACAGACACCGCCGAGUUGGAUUCUGGACGAGGAUGAUGAUUUGGUUUCAGAGUUCACAGAUCUACCGAAUAGAUUCCACCAAACACUCCUCCCCGACCUCGAACGAAUCUCGACCACUUCCAAAGCCUACAUCACCAAAGCCAAUAACGAAAUGACAAAAGGUUUCAAACCCUACGUCGGAAAAAAAUACGCACCCACCGUCGCUGCCGUUAUCUCGUGCUUCUUCGUAUUGAUACCUUUGCUCUUAGUUUCUCUCCUCUGCUCAAGAAUCAAAGCCUAUUUCUCCCUCCAGAAAAUCUUGAUCUUCAUCCAAGUCUACCUCUCAAUCUACUUCACCGUUCUCUGCGUCACAUCGUUGUUCACGGGUCUCGAACCACUCAAGUUUCUAUACUCUACUUCGCAGUCCACGUAUCUGUGCCUGCAGGUGCUGCAGACUCUCGCUUACGUGCUCUAUUUGCUCCUCCUCCUCAUGUAUCUCGUCCUCGUCUUCUCCACCGACUGUGGGCUGGGCUCCAAGUUCUUGGGCCUGGCCCAGGUCUUGGUGGGCUUCGCUGUUGGGCUGCAUUACUACGUGACGGUGUUUCACAGGGUGGUCUUGCAGCAACCGCCGAAGACGAAUUGGAAGAUCCACGGGAUUUAUGCCACGUGUUUUCUCCUCAUUUGCGUUCUUGCCAGAGCUGAUAGAAGGAAAAAGACUUACGUGGAAGACGGUGGAGGAGAAGGCAAGAAAAAUUAAUGUAUUUUUUUUUACUGUUAUUUUUUUUUCAUUUCAAUUCGAUUCAAUUUAAUAAUUAAAACAAUAUCCAAAAGCAA